ACAGCAACUGCUGAGACUACCUUGAGAAGACAAUGAUCCUAAACAGAGCUCUGAUUCUGGGAACCCUCACCCUGAUCACCAUGAUGAGCACCUGUGGAGGUGAAGACAUUGUGGAUGGUGUAGUUGCAGAGGAUGUUGGAAUAUAAGGCUGCCAGUGUCCCCAUCACAGAACUCGCCACAGUGUACCAUAUUCACUCCUUUACUCAUCUGCUCUCCCACUAUUCAAUAAGCUCCUUGAGGGCAGAGACCAUGCCUGAUUGGUGUUUUACUCCCUGCUCCUUGUGAUGUCUGAAUCCUUGCUGAUGCUCGCUGACCACCUUGGCUCCUACGGCACAAAUGUCUACCAGUCUUAUGGUCCUUCUGGGCAGUUCACCCAUGAAUUUGAUGGAGACGAGGAGUUCUAUGUGGACCUGGAGAAGAAGGAGACUGUCUGGUGGCUGCCUAUGUUUAGCAAAUUUACAAGUUUUGACCCACAGGGUGCACUGCGAAACAUUGCUACGUCAAAAUACAACUUGGACAUCUUGAUUAAACUCUCCAACUCUACUGCUGCUACCAAUGAGGUUCCUGAGGUGACUGUGUUUCCCAAGUCUCCCGUGAUGCUGGGUCAGCCCAACACCCUCAUCUGUCUUGUGGACAACAUCUUUCCUCCUGUGAUCAAUGUCACAUGGUUAAAGGAUGGGCACUCAGUCACAGAAGGUGUUUCUGAGACCAGUUUUCUCCCCAAGAAUGAUCAUUCCUUCUUUAAGAUGAGUUACCUCACCUUCCUCCCUUCUGCUGACGAUAUUUAUGAUUGCAAGGUGGAGCACUGGGGCCUGGAUGAACCACUUCUGAAACAUUGGGAACCUGAGAUUCCAACCCCUGUGUCAGAGCUGACAGAGACUGUGGUCUGUGCCCUGGGGUUGGCCAUGGGCCUUGUAGACAUCGUGGUGGGCUCCAUCCUCAUCAGCCGAGGCCUACGCUCAGAUCAUAUUUCAUGCCCAGUAAAACAGGAUCAACCAAGUAUAUAAAGCGAUAAUAUUCUGAUACAUGAGGUGAGUAAUGCUCUCUUCCUUGUGUUCCCACCCUCAGCCAUUGCCCCCCACUCCCAAUUCAGGCAUCAACAUAUACCCUAUAGCCUUGGUGUUGAUUUGUUAUAGCACAAACAUAAGAACCAAGAAAUAAGUCCAUAUUCAUUUUAAUGUAGUUUUUAAAAGUUAUGACAGAGAAAUAAUUUAGGGGAAAGGAAUUUUGAACCUCAAAAGUACCAAAAGUCAAAAUUUGGGUAUUAAAAUCAAAAUUUGUUCCCCAAACUUUAAAUUUCUGAAGAAUGAAUGAUAAUAGUAGCUUUGUUCUCCCCUCCUCACUCUUGAGGAGAUAAGAAUUCUCUAGGCAGGAAAAGAAAUGGAAGUCCUUUGGAAAAGCAUUAGAAUAAGACAAUAAUGCAGAUAUCCGAGAGGGACCAAAUACCUUGUCCUUACUUAGAGUUAGUAACAACGGAAAAGGGAUGGGAAUAAAAGCCACAGACAUAUUUAGGGUCCCUAGGACAAAAGUUUACCUCACCUUCUCAAUGAUGCUCUGCUAAAUAACCACAUAGAUUUUCCUGUGCCACCAUGGCAUGUCGAGGACAGUAGAAUGAAUAUGGCAUGAGGAUGUUUCUAGGUGAUAAGCCUAAAUCAGACUCACUGAAUCCCCUGUGCAUCCCUGCGCACCCUGCAAAACAGCAAAACACCCCAUCUCCCCAGCCCCCUGCCCCUCACCCCUCCUGACUGAGGAAAGCAUGAGCCUGUGAGAGAGAAAUCCCAGGAGGGACAACAUUGUUGAGACAAUGUAGCAGCAGCUAUGGGUGCUGCAUCCUCCUCUAUAUUCACUGUCUCCUAGUGAAGACCUUGUAGAGGAAAUGGAUCAACAGAUGGCAUUCUCUGGCUCUCCAUGACCACACUCUUGAGAGUAUGUGUGAAUUGACUUGGAGUCAUUUUGCCCUUUGAAAUUGUUUUAGGCACACAGUCUUUCCACUCUGCAAAUGCCAUGUCCAUACACUGCAUCUAAGAUAGUAUUAUGGAAUGUAUGAGGCUGUCCUCAUCCAUGCCAUCUGCAUCAGUAAGUUUAAAAUGUAAUUGGGGAAUAAAGACAAAAUAUUAACACAAUAAUUGGUACAGAUAAUUGGGUGCAAAGAAACCUAUAUCCAAAUCCAGGACUCAGUAGUUUAUAGCUAGUAUUUUAAACUUUACAACACUGGGUAAAGUAUCUAACAUUUCUGAGCCCUAUUUUAUCAUCCAUAAUGUGGGAGUGGCAAUACUUUCCUUGAAGAGCUAUUGACAGAAUUUGAAUAAUCUCAUUAUAUAGCCAGUGCCUUGUAGAUAGUAUACAAAUACAUAAGAAAACAUUGCUAUUUAUAUCCAUAAUUAAUUUAUUUAAAAGAAUGAACCAUACCAUAAAAAAAUCACUUUUGGUUUUCUGAGCUCUUUAAUGAUUUAGGAGAUUCAAACAAGGAGCUAUGGAUGAAUUUCUUUUCAUAUGUUAAUUGGAGAAUUUUUUUCCACUCUAGAAUAAGAGAGGCUGAGACUAAGUUAGGCUGAGAAAAUAGAUAGAGUAUAGUGGUCAGUGACAUAUCAUUGGUGAAGGGGUUGCUAAGAGAACUCUUAGGGCAAGAAGUUGUAACAUAUGACUUUGUUUUUUACUCUCUAAUGAAAGAUAUAUCAUCUCUAUAUGGCCCACAAGUUUUUAGUCAAGGUACAUUAUAUGCAACAGAUCUGUAUGCAUGUCUACCCAGGGAAGAGGUAGGAAAGAUUCAAGGACGUAAAAUAUUCUAUGACGUAAAAGUAAGAGAAUAACUUAAAAUGCAGACUAGGAAUUAGUAAAUGCAGGGAAUCUGAACCAGAGAUGAUCAUGAAAAUGCAGGUAACAGAUCACAGAGGAUUCUUAGGACAGUGAAACUACCCUGUAUGAAAUUAUAAUGGUGGAUACAUCUCAUUAUAAAUUUGUCCAAAGCCACGGAAUGCAUGGCACCAAGAGUGCACCCUAAUGUUAACUAUGGACCUUGGGUGAUAAUGAUGUGUCAGUGUAGGUCCUUCGAUUGUAACUAACGUGCCACUCUAGUGGGGAACGUUAAUAAUGGGGGAGGCUCUGCAUGAUGACAGCAGGGGGGAUAUGGAAAGUCUUUGUACCUUCUGCUCACUUUUGCUGUGAGCCUAAAACUGUUCUUAAAUAAAGUGUAUUUUAAAAAGAAGGCAAAAGAUCAACUAUUAUGAUCCCAAAUGUAUAAAAUAAAAAUUUUAGUAUAAAAAAAGUGGUCACCUGAAAACGCACUAAUGUACUAAGAGUUUUCAAUAAAGGUAUUUCAAAUAAAUUUUAUGUAAAUUUCAAUUAUUCAUGGGGUAGGAAUACAGCAUUUUGGAGGUGGUGGGUGUGUGUAUGUAUCUGUGAGUGUGUCUGUGUUAAGUAUGUAUGUUAUUGUAAUAUAAGGGUUAUAUUGAAUAGCAUUAUGAUCAGUGUCUUAGAAAUAUAGAAAUGCUGCCCUCAUUGGACUUCUUCCCCCGGAAGUACUGAGGAAAGCAAAUUUAAUAACCAUUGCAUUUUGUUACAGGAUUCAUUCAUAAAGUGUUCGUAUAAUUUUAAAAUAAUGGAGUUAAACUUAAUUCUAAAAAAUAAGAGCAAUCAUUUCUUCUUAAUAAAUGAAAAAAGUUUUCUACUUAGAAUCCCUGGUGAAAAGAUAUUGUAUCUAUAAAAGUAAUAAUUGGGGACUAAAAAUAUGGAAAAUUUAAUAGAAAGCUUGGAAAAUCAAAUUAAGAAAAUCUCCUUGAAAUGAAAAAAGAAGACAAAGAAAUAUAAUAUAUGAUAGAAAAGAGAAGAUACAGAGAAUAGACCCAGGAAGUCCAACAUUAAGUAACAGAGCUAGAGAGAGAAACAGAGAAAUGAAGGAGAGAAUUACCAAAAUAAAUAAUAAGGGAAAAUUUUCCAGAUAUAACAGGCCUAAUUCUUUACAUAGAAUGGGACUUUCAGAUAUUUAGCAAAAUUAAUGAAAAAAGACUCACCACUAAAUACAUCAUUUAAAAAAUUUCAGAACCUCCAGGGUUAAAGGAAAAUCAUAAAAUAUCCCAGUGGGAGAAAAAAAAAAACAAAACAAACUGACAACAGACUAAUAAAAGUCAGACUGUCAGAUACUUCUAUCAUUAAGAUAAUAAGAAAGGCCUUGAAGUUCCAAAGGAAAACUUUUCUAUCAAUGAACGUAUACCUUUUCAAAAUUGCAAGCAGGCAUGAAGAAAGAAUAACAAUACUGUCAGAUAUGGAAAGGAAAAGAUGUGAAGUUUACCAACCACACACGGUUUUAUUGGAAGUUGGUUAAGGACAUGACUUAGUAAAGUGAGGUUGCCAAUCAGGAGAUAGGAACAAACCUGGGAAGUGAUAUCAGCAAUAUGGCUGAA